AUGGGCUUACCAGGCAAUCCCUCUCAGAAUGUCAUGGUGAUGUUCACAGAACUUGACAACCAGAUCAAUGAACUCAAAAGCCAACUGGAACAAGAAAUACAAGAAUUCGGUUCGAAGCUACAAGAAUUCAGGUCGGAGCUACAGGGCCUCAAGGCGGAACGCAUAUUUGAGCAACAUAAUAUCAAGGCGCAACUAGCCACACUUCAACCAAUCACUAGACGAAUCCUGAUUGAUGCUUAUCUCUCUGUGAAAGGCUACCGGCCUUCCUCCGGUACACACAGCGAGUGGAUCAGCUCAAACAUCACUAGGCUCCUCCCUCCUACUGGCACCACUGGACCUGUGUUUGAGCAGAAAUUAGGCUUGUACUGUCAACUUGGAGACACCUGGGCCCACUCAACACAAACCCUUGCCAUUGCACUUGCUCUCGAUGAUCUGGGGCCCCCAGAUGAAGACUUGAACUAUAUGUUUUUAGAAUGCUUUGGUCAUGACAUUGGAGAAGAAUUGGAUGACAAGAUCCCUUCAACUUUGGUUGAGAUCGGAAAAGAUGGCAUAGCUCACCUUCAGAACACACCAUCCCCUGUUCCCUGA